UCAAACCAAAAGUAUCACGCCAAGAAGUGUAUAUAUUUACAAGCACAAGUUAUGUCUUUUUGUGUAUGAUUGAGUUUAAUAAUUAAUGAGUUACUAACUGAAGAAAAGUAAAAAAAAAAAAAUGAACUUGAUGUAUUGUCGUCCUCCUUCAAGAGUUGUAUGGUUAAUUAUAGUGCCAUUAGUUCUAUUAGCUGCAUGGUAUUUGGGUGUACAGAGUUCAAAAAACUCUAUUUUGGUCCUUUCUUCUCAGCCUUCUGCUAAAAACGUUCCUACAUAUACUAAUCUCUCUGCUAUAUCUGCUACUGUAGCAGAAUUGGCGAAGGAUCAGCUACCAAAGCAAGAUGGCUUAGAUGUUACAAGGAAGGAACCCCAGAUGAUUUCUUCCAAGAAAAAUUUGAGCAAUUUAGAGAAAGUUGAAGCUGGAUUGGGAAAAGUGAGGGCUGCUAUAAGAGAAGCUCAGACUAAAAAUCUAACAUCAGAUGACUCUGAAUAUGCACCUAAAGGUCCAUGUUACUGGAAUUCCAGUGCCUUUCACAGGAGCUACUUGGAAAUGGAAAAACAUUUCAAGAUUUACGUAUACGAGGAAGGUGAACCCCCUGUUUUUCAUUAUAGUUCAAGUGAAGGUAUCCUUGGAAUAGAAGGAAUUCUAAUUCAUCAGAUUGAGAUUAGCAAAUUUCGGACGAAUGAUCCUGAGAAAGCUCAUGUUUACUUCCUUCCAUUCAGUGUAUUUUCCAUAGUAAGCUAUGUUUAUGUUGUUGAUUCUCACCAAUGGGGUCCUAUGAAGAAUACAGCUGCUGAUUAUAUUGAUAGUAUCUCCAGAAAAUACCUUUAUUGGAAUAGAAGCCUUGGAUCUGAUCAUUUCAUGCUUGCUUGCCAUGAUUGGGCUCCUGAAAUUUCCACCGCGGUUCCAUACUUGUACAAGAACUCGAUUAGAGUAUUAUGCAACGCGAACACUUCUGAAAGAUUCAAUCCAUCAAAGGAUGUAACUUUGCCAGAAAUCUAUCUCCCUCAGGGUACAAUGGAAGGUUUAAUUGGAGGGCCAUCUCCGUCCCAACGUUCUAUUUUAGUCUUUUACGCAGGAGGUAUUCAUGGCUACAUAAGGCAAGUGUUAAUGGAACAAUGGGGGGGAAAUGAUGAUCCAGAAGUGCAAAUUCAUGAGUACCUUCCUAAGAAUGUUUCAUAUUAUGGUAUGAUUAGAAAGAGUAAGUUUUGUAUUUGUCCUAGUGGAUGGGAAGUGGCUAGUCCAAGAAUGGUUGAGGCAUUUUACAUGGGAUGUGUUCCUGUACUAUUGAAAGAUAAUUAUGUUGCACCUUUUAGUGAUGUUUUGAACUGGAAAAGUUUUGCUGUUGAGAUGACUUCAAAUGAUAUACCUAAUUUGAAGAAGAUUUUGAUGUCAAUAUCUCAAAAACAGUACAUUAAAAUGCAGAAGAGAGGACUUCAAGUAAGGAGGCAUUUUGAGGUAAAUUUCCCUCCUAAAAGAUAUGAUGUUUUUCAUAUGAUUCUUCAUUCAAUUUGGCUCAGAAGGCUCAACAUUCAAGUCCGCGAUACGUGAACAACUAUCUCUGUUUCGGGGAGAGAAUCACUUGCAAUUUUACAAGCUAUUCAAGUGAAGAUGAUGUAGAAAUUUGGACAUUUCGGAUUCAACCCGUUGUUAUGGUAAUAGUCUGGUAGAAUACUGCAUUGUUUAUGUCAAAUUUUAUGCUUCAGGCAAUGUAACAAAGUACUAAUAAAGAUUCUCUGGUUUUCUAUUUAUUCAACAGAAAGGUCAAAUUUCGACUCUAGAAGCAACUGUCGAAACUAUUAUAAAGCGUUAUAACAUUAACUAAUGUUCGAAUA